CCAACAAAUACCAAUUUCAAGGAGAAAGCUUUCAAAACCCUAAAGGCCGGCUAGCCGAUUUGAUGAACGAUGGGCAUGGAUUCCUCCAGUGAGAAGAAGAAGAAGAAGAAGAAACAGAAUCAUACGAUGGACCAGAACAACUCCACCCGGAAUAAGAAGAAGAAGAAGAACAACAAUAUCGGCAAGGGGAAAGAGGAGGAUCAACCAAAAUGUCCGACGAUAACAGACGAUCGUUUUGCGUCGGCCCAUUCCGAUCCACGCUUCAUGGAAGCCCCCAAGAAACGGUCCAAGGUCUCCAUUGAUUCCCGCUUCCGCCGGGUAUUUACAGACAGAAGAUUCACCACAUCCAAUGCUCCCACAGAUAAGCGAGGCAAGUCCAACAAGAAAAACAAGGACACCGGCUCUCUGAAGCAUUACUACCGUCUGGGACAACAAGAAGACGAAGGCGAAAACGAAAAGUCUCGAAUUGAAGAGGAGGAAGAUAUAGGAGACGGCAAUGCUGUUCGGGGGGAAGCUGACGGUGUUCUGAGUGAAACUGACAGUGACAAAUCCAAUGAGAGCCUAGAGGAAGAUGACAGCGACAAUGAACGGAGCUUGGAUGAAUCAACCUCCACAAGUAGUUCAGAUUCAGAUGUUCAGUAUUAUGAUGAAGAAGAGGAAGAUACGUUUUUGCAGCCGGAAGAUGUCCCGGAGAUUGAUAAGGAAACACGCAGGUUAGCUGUUGUUAAUUUGGACUGGAGUCAAGUGAGGGCUGUUGAUUUGUAUGUGUUGCUUAAUUCCUUUGUUCCUAAAGGAGGUCAAAUUGUUUCUGUUACUGUUUAUCCAUCUGAGUUUGGACUCAAGCGCAUGGAAGAGGAGGCCGUGCACGGCCCUGUCGGGCUGUUUGAUGAGGAAGAAUCUGACGGUGGGGAGGAUGAUGAAAUUGAUAAGAAGAAGCUGCGUGAUUAUGAGUUGAGUAAGCUUAAAUAUUAUUAUGCUGUUGUAGAAUGCGACUCCAUUACCACAUCGGACUACCUUUACAACAAUUGUGAUGGGCUUGAGUUUGAAAGAUCAGCAAAUAAGUUGGAUUUAAGAUUUAUUCCCGAUUCCAUGGAAUUUAAGCAACCGCCACGUGAUGUUGCUACUGAAGCACCUGCGGAUUAUCAAGGUUUGGAUUUCCAAACCCGAGCAUUACAGCACAGCAGUGUUCAACUCACAUGGGAUGAAGAUGAACCCCAACGUGCAAAAGCCUUGAGGAGAAAAUUCACUGACGAGCAGCUUGCUGACAUGGAGUUGAAGGAGAUAUUGGCUUCUGAUGAAAGUGAAACGGAUGAGGAAAAAAAGGUUGACAAGUAUCGAGCUUUGAUAGGAUCUGGGGAUGCUUCAGAUGAAGAAAAUGAAGAGGAUAACAACCAGGACAUGGAGGUUACUUUUAAUUCUGGUUUAGAAGAUAUAAGCAAACGAAUUUUAGAGAAGGACAAGAAAUCUGAAACUGUUUGGGAAGCCUAUCUCAGAAAGAGAAGAGAGAAAAAGAAGGCAUCAAAGCAUAGAUCCAAAUAUUCAUCGGAGGAUGAUGAUAGUGAUAGUGAUCAAGAAGAAAUUGCGGAGGAAGCUGAUGACUUCUUUGUUGCAGAGCCUCCGGCCAAUCAAGCCAAAAGAAGUACAAGUUCUAAAAAGGCAAUUCAAGAUGAAGCUGAAGCAAGCAGAGCAGAACUUGAAUUAUUAGCAGCUGAUGAUCAAGGAGCUGACCCUAACUUAAGGGGUUAUAAUUUGAAACGUAAGAAGGGAAAAGGAAAGAAAGAGAAUGGAAUUCAGGAGGUUAGCAAAAUACCCGACGCCGACUUUGCUGAUCCCAGGUUUUCAGCCCUUUUCACCUCUCCACUCUUUGCCCUGGAUCCAACUGACCCACAAUUCAAAAGGAGUGCAACUCAUGCUCGGCAACUUGCACAGAAACAGAAAGAGAAGCCGGAGGAUGUAGUAGGGCCAAUGAAUGACUCUGAAACUCCUGGGAACCAAGAAUCAGAUCAAGUGCCUGGAAGAAUGAAGGGGAAAGUGAGGUCUGCUAAACUGAAAUCAAAACGUAAGAGGCUGAAGCAUUAAAACCAGGAAAUCAGGUUCUUGGGUGUUGAAUUCAUGGAAGAGAAGUUUUGGUUCGGGGUAGGAGAGUCUUGAAGGUUAUGCUUGAAUUGUAUGUUGUGAGGUUUUUGCUGCUUAUUUACGAAUUUUAGUCAUAUACAAGUGAGCCAUCAAAUGAAGGAAAGAGUUUGGAAAUUUUGCAGUAGCUAAAUCCAAAGUGUGAGGAUAUUGUAUUAUUGUUUGGAUCUCAAUCACACCAUAAUCAUUUCAAAGAUCACCAGUUUUUCAGUGCCAUGUUUUUCUCACACAUAUAUAGAAGGUAUGUUUGUUGAUCUAUAUCAGGGUAGUAUGUAUGUAUAAUUAUGUACUAUU